AUUACCGUCCACCUCAAAUGAUCCCACCCAUCAAAGGAGGGGGUCCGAUGGGAGGGGGGGGCUCGUCCUCUUCGUCCACCAGCCGGGCCACCACCACGAGGUCUCCCCCCUUCUACACCACGCCGAGGCCUCUCCUCACCACCUCCCCCGGCCAGCGGUAUCGGACCACCACCACCGUCCGCCAGCCCAUCUUGAUCGCAGCCGGAGGUUCGUCGGACGACACCAAUCAGAUUCCCGACUCCAAUCAGAAAGGCGGGCGCUCCCCUCCCGUGCAGGCCGCUCCCGCUGUCCCGCAGCCCCCCGCCCUGCCGCCCCAAGACUUCUGUAGUCCGAGGGUCAUGGCGGACAUAUCGUGGCCUCGGACGCAGCAAGGCCAGAUGGCCAAGCAGCCCUGCCCUGUCGGGACUCUGGGCGUGGCUACAUACAUGUGCGUGGCCCAUUUGGGCUACUGGGAUCCCCAAGGCCCCGACCUCAGCAACUGCACGUCACCUUGGGUCAACCACAUCAUGCAGAAACUCCGCUCAGGCGAGACGGCGGCCAUCGUGGCCAGGGAGCUGGCAGAGCAGACCAAAGGACUCCUGCGUCCUGGGGAUGUGCCCUCCACCGUACGGGCCAUGGCCCAACUGGUGGAACUCCUGGACGUCCAGCUCAGAAACCUCACUCCAGGGGGCAAGGACAGCGCGGCCCGCAGCCUCACCAAGGCUAUGGUGGAGACGGUCAAUAAUUUGCUCCAUCCGCGAGCGCAGUCUGCCUGGAAGGAGCUGCCCACCAGCGAGCAGCUGCAUUCGGCCACCCUGCUCCUGGACACGGUGGAAGCGGGUGCUUUCAUGCUGGCCGACAACCUCCUGAAGACCGACACCGUGCAGGAGACCACCGACUAUAUCCAGCUGGAGGUGGCCAGGCUGAGCACGGACGGCAACCUCGCAGACCUGAUGUUCCCUCAGUCAGAACAACACGGAAACUCCAUCCAGCUGUCAGCCAGCACUCUCAAACAGCACGGCCGAAAUGUCUAUCCCAAUUACUCCGUGAUCGUCAACUCCCCGGUCAUCACGGCAUCCAUUAACAAGGAGAGCAAUAAGGUUUACCUGUCGGAGCCCGUGGUCUUCACUGUCAAACACCUGCAGCACUCGGAGAAGAAUUUCAAUCCCAACUGCUCCUUUUGGAGCUACUCCAAGCGCACCAUGACGGGAUUCUGGUCCACGCAGGACUGUCGUCUUCUAUUCACCAAUCGCACACACACCAGCUGCUCCUGCACCCACCUGACCAGCUUUGCCGUGCUCAUGGCCCACGUGGAGGUCAAGAAAACUGACAGUAUGCACGACGUGCUCCUGGAUGUCAUCACGUGGGUGGGCAUCCUGCUGUCGCUGGUUUGCCUGCUUAUCUGCAUCUUCACCUUUUGCUUCUUCAGAGGGCUACAGAGCGACCGUAACACCAUUCACAAGAACCUCUGUAUCAGUCUGUUCAUCGCCGAGUCGUUAUUCCUGGUUGGGAUCAACAAGGCCGAUCAGCCGAUUGUCUGCGCAGUCUUCGCGGCCUUGCUCCAUUUCUUCUUCUUGGCAGCGUUCACCUGGAUGUUCCUGGAAGGGGUGCAGCUCUACAUCAUGCUGGUGGAGGUGUUCGAGAGCGAGCACUCCAGGACUAAGUACUUCUACCUGGCAGGAUAUGGAGUGCCUGCUGUCAUAGUGGCUGUCUCUGCUGCGGUGGACUACAGGAGCUAUGGCACCGAUAGAGUGUGCUGGCUGCGGCUGGAUACAUACUUCAUUUGGAGCUUCAUAGGGCCCGCUACACUCAUCAUUAUGUUAAAUGUAAUCUUCCUCGGUAUUGCCCUCUACAAGAUGUUCCACCACACAGCCAUCCUUAAGCCAGACUCUGGAUGUCUUGACAACAUCAAGUCAUGGGUCAUCGGCGCCAUAGCCCUGCUGUGUCUGCUCGGCCUCACCUGGGCCUUCGGCCUAAUGUACAUCAACGAGAGCACCGUGAUCAUGGCCUACCUGUUUACCAUCUUCAACUCGCUGCAGGGAAUGUUCAUCUUCAUCUUCCACUGCAUCUUACAGAAAAAGGUGCGCAAAGAGUACGGCAAAUGUCUGCGCACUCACUGCUGCAGCGGCAAGAGCGUGGAGACCUCCAUCUCCUCCUCCAGUAAGACCACCACCUCGCGGACGCCGGGCCGCUACUCCACAGGCUCACAGGUGAGCUUACCUGCCUGCACAGCCGGACGCUACAGCACAGCCGACUCACAGAGCCGCAUCAGGAGGAUGUGGAACGACACCGUGAGGAAACAGGAGUCCUCCUUCAUCACCGGAGACAUCAACAGCUCCGCCACGCUCAACAGAGGAGCCAUGGCUAAUCAUCUUAUAACUAAUGCUCUCCUUCGUCCCCAUGGUACUAACAACCCUUAUAACACUCUCCUGGGGGAUUCUGCAGUCUAUAACAACCCAGCCGUGGGCAUGUACAACACCCAAGAGGGCAUCUUGAACAACGCAAGAGACUCCAGUGUCAUGGAUACGCUCCCUCUGAAUGGCAACCAUGCAAACAACUACAGCAUGGCCAGCAGCGAGUACCUGAGUGACUGCGUUCAGAUUCUAGAUCGCAGCAGCGGCUACGGCACCCACAGCAACCACAAGGAGACCACCUUGGAGAAGAAGAUCCUGAAGGAGCUGACCUCCAACUACAUCCCGCCUUACCUCAACAACCACGAGCGGGCGACGACCGAGCGCAGCCACAACCUGAUGAACAAGCUGGUCAACAGCAGCCUGGCCAACGGAGGGAGCCUGCCCGGGGGCAGCAGCAGCAGCAGCAGCAGCGGGGUCGGCGGCUGCGUGGGCAGCGGCAAAGAGGACAACAGUCCCAUGGUGCUGGACAACCCGGCCGCCUUCCCCCACGAGGAGAACCUGGGCCUGGAGAUCAUCCGAGAGGAAUCCAACGCGCCGCUCCUGCCGCCGCGGCCCCCUCCCCCGGACAGCCACCCGCCGCCGCCGCCGCCCCCGCACAGCUUCUCCCGCCAGCGGCGCAUUCCCCAGGAGCCCAGCGAGAGCUUCUUCCCCCUGCUGACCAGCGAGCACACGGAUGAGCACACGCACUCGCCCAACCACAGAGACUCCCUCUACACCAGCAUGCCAGUGCUGACGGACCUCCCCGACGGGCAGAUGAACGGUCUAACGGACGGCGAGGAGGACAGCUCCGGGGAGCUGCAGCCCUGCAAGAGCGCCACCGCUCCGGAGCUGGACGACGUCUACUACAAGAGCAUGCCAAACCUGGGCUCCAGGAACCACCUCCACGAGCUGCAGAGCUACUACCACAUGGGUCGCGGCGGCAGCGACGGAUACAUGGUGUCCGGGAGCAAGGACGAGUCCGACUCGUCCCCCGAGGAGCCGCCCGUGGACCCUUCCCACCUUGUUACCAGUCUA